GUGGUGGGGCCCAAUCCAGAUUCAACUGAAAACAGUAAUAAUCUAGUGUACACGCAGUACAGGGAAAUAACUUACGGUGCAACAGAGCCACACGAACCAAAAUUUUGGUACACCGGCUCUGCUCGCCGGAAAAUAACAUCACGGUGCCGGAAAACAAUCCGGCCGGCGAAGAAGAAGAAGAUGAAGAGUUUAUUAUUCAAAUCAAAGCCUAAAACACCAGUUGAACUUGUUCGUCAAACACGUGAUCUCCUUAUCUAUGUACAGCGUAGUAAUUCUGAUAAUACUCGCGAAAGCAAACGAGAAGAAAAGAUGAUGGAGUUAGGCAAGACACUUCGGGACUUAAAGUGUGUUCUUUAUGGGAAUGGUCAAUCAGAACCUGUCUCUGACGCUUGUUCUCAGCUGACUCAAGAAUUCUUUAGAGAAGAUACUCUACGGCUUCUGAUUAAUAUGCUUCCAAAACUGAAUUUAGAGGCUCGUAAAGAUGCUACUCAAGUAGUUGCAAAUCUGCAAAGACAGCAGGUUCAGUCGAGGUUGAUUGCUUGUGAUUACUUGGAAGCAAACAUUGAUCUGAUGGAUAUAUUAGUAACAGGGUAUGACAAUACAGAUCUGGCUUUGCAUUAUGGUACAAUGCUGAGGGAAUGCAUUAGACAUCAGAGUGUUGCAAGGUAUGUCUUGGAAUCAGAGCAUGUGAAGAAGUUUUUUGAUUAUAUUCAGCUGCCAAAUUUUGACAUUGCUGCUGAUGCCGCUGCAACAUUUAAGGAACUUUUGACGAGGCACAAAUCAACAGUAGCUGAGUUUCUUUCGAAGAAUUAUGACUGGUUCUUUGCCGAGUAUAACUCAAAGCUGCUCGAGUCCAGUAAUUACAUCACCCGAAGGCAAGCUAUCAAGCUGUUGGGAGAUAUCCUGCUCGACCGCUCAAAUUCUGCAGUAAUGACGCGUUACGUUAGUUCAAGAGACAACUUAAGGAUCCUUAUGAAUCUUCUCAGGGAAUCUAGCAAAAGUAUCCAGAUAGAAGCAUUCCAUGUUUUCAAGUUAUUUGCUGCAAACAAGAACAAGCCUUCAGAUAUUGUUAACAUCCUUCUCGCAAACAGAAGCAAGCUCUUGCGCCUCUUUGCCGAUUUUAAGACUGACAAAGAGGAUGAGCAAUUUGAGGCUGACAAAUCACAAGUUGUCAAAGAAAUUGCAGCACUUGAAGUUGAAACCAAGGAACUCUCUUGAACUCAGUACUAGUUACUUCCUAAGCUGUCAAGGUGAUGACUCUGUGUGUAAAUGAAUGAUGUUGUUUCCUCACUGAACACUGUUUUUCUGAAUUUAUAGUCUUAGUUCUUGAAAUUAUUAAUUGAAUUUAACUUAUUUUUUGUGGUUAUUUUGUUACUUUGUUA